AAAUACAACUGUUAGUUACUUUGUUCAAAUAUGAACUACAUAAGGUGAUCAGAAUCUUUCAAAUGAAACUAUCGCUUGACUGUGUUACCUAUUCAGAGCCAGGUAGCACAACACAACAGGGAGCAACAGAGGAUCUCAGGGCUGAGAUAGAAAGUAUCAUAGUGUCCCUGCUACGCAAGAAGCAGGACCUCUAUCGUCAGCAUGAUAGCAACCAGACCAGACAAAGAAAGAGAAGAAAAAUAAGAGAAUUAAAAAACAAACUAAGACAAAAGAUUGUACUCUACGAUACUGUUGCAGAGGAUACGAUUGAUGGGGAAUUGGCUUCCAAUUUGACAGAGGACUACAUCCUGCCUUGGGAGAGAAGUGAGGAUGGCCACUCCUUCAGAUUAAAACGGUCUGUUUUUGACCAAACAAUGCUAAUUAGACGGCUUGAGGAAGAGCAGAGCAUCCUUGUGAAGGAGAUGUCUCAGCACAUCACGUCUCUACGAAAGGAGAUAAAGGCAGACAAGCCAUUGGAUGCCACUGAGUCUUCUGAGGCUGACCUCUUCAGAAACACAGAGCAGACUCCUCCGAGAUCAUCCAGCUUCAAGACACAGGACAAACCAUUGGAUGCCACUGAGUCUUCUGAGGCUGACCUCUUCAGAACAACAGAGCAGACUCCUCCGAGAUCAUCCAGCUUCAAGACACAGUGCUUACAUAAUCCAGAACCCUUACCUUCAAUGAACAAAGUUGGAAUGAAUCCUUCCCUGGUGGACUACACAGAUUCUGAUGAAUCUCAGAGUCCAAGCCCAAAUCAUGACCAGUUUAAUUCAAGCUGCCAGACAUGGUGUCCGACUUCUGAGUUUGAACUAAGCCUCACCCACCAGGACGGAGAUUCUGUUCCAAGGCUGAGGAGGACCAAAAGCAUACAGAUGAAAAGAAAUGUUGAGUUUGAUUCAAAUGAGCUUUUUGACAGCUCAGCCAGCAGUGGAGAGGAAUAUAUUCCUAAGAGUAGUGAGGAUUCAUCUGAAGAUACAGACACAAGCGAAGUCAUUGAACCAGUCAAUCAGAAAGAAAGCAUGCUUAGAUUUCCAAUCCAAGGGAAGUACGCUGACAUCCGAGAACUGAACGAUGUGUCUUCGACGCAAAUCCUUAGCAGAGGACGCUCACCUUCAAGAAGAGAGGGCAACUCUGGUAUGACACGUAAAAGGCGAUGUUCAAGCAGUUCAAGACGUACAUCCUACCCUACAACACAAGCAAGUAGUGGUCACUCAACAAAAUGGAGUGGAGGGGGAGACCCUGAAUCUGUAAUACAGAAUACAACACCUGAUCUGGAGAAAGAUCUUCCUGACAAUGCCUCUUCCCUCCAUACAGAAGAAGUAGCUGAUGGUUCGCUUUCCAUACCUGCUGUCUGUAAAAAGGAGAACGGGGCAAGAAUGUACAACAAAAAGCAAUACUGUUUGUACUGUAGGGUGGGAUUCGUGAAAAUGGCAAGGCAUUUGGAGCGCGCUCAUAAAGAUAAACCAGAGGUUGCACAGGCUCUGUCCUUUCCAAAAGGCUCCAAACAAAGACGAAUGCAUAUGGAACAUUUGAGAAACAGGGGCAACUUUGCACACAAUGUGGAUGUAUUAAAUGCUGGUGUUGGAAAUCUUGUUCCUCGCAAGCAACCAAGGAAGGAUUGUCAAGCACAGAAUUUCCUGCAUUGUGUACAUUGUCAUGGUUUCUUCACAAAGAAAAUUCUUUGGCGGCACAUGAUGAAAUGCAAGUUCAAGCUGAAUGUUCCACAAAAACCUGGCAAAACCAGGCCCUCUGCGCAUUUGCAGCACCUCCACCACCUGGUGUCAAGGUGGAAUUUUGGAAGCUGCUAA